AGGCGCGCAAGCGUCAUACUUAAUUUUUUGUAAUAUAAACAAGACAGUAAUGUUUUCAUAACAAUUAUAAAAAACAGAAAAAUGAUAUUGUUAUUCCACUGGUUUACAAGUUUUCUUUAUAGUUUGUUUAAAAAGCGAAUGAAACAAAGAACUUCUUCAUCGUGGAAUAGUUUCACCAUAACCAAACUAAGCUCAGAAAACCAUCCGUUGGCUCAACGAGACGCCGAAAAUGAUAUAAAAUUUGAUCCUCCCGUGUAUAAGCAGAGAUACGAAAGAACAGUCGAUAUUUUAUUGAAUGAAAAAUGGAAAAAUCGAAUUAAUAAAGUGGUGGAUUUUGGUUGUGCAGAGUUUGGCUUCUUUGUCUUCCUGAAAAAUAGGAUUUCAUUAAGUGAACUCGUACUGAUUGAUAUUGAUGAUUUAUUAUUAAGUGAUUAUAUAUACAGAGUUUAUCCUUUAAAUGCUGAUCACUUGGUUGGAAGACCAAAACCUUUCACUGUACAUAUUUACGCAGGGAGUAUUGCAGAUUCUGAUCCAAGUUUGUUGAAUACAGACGCUGUAGUUGCACUAGAAAUCAUUGAACACCUGUAUCCUGAUACACUGGACGCGCUUCCAUAUAACAUAUUCUCAUAUAUUAGACCAAAAUUAGUAAUAGUCACAACCCCAAAUGCCGAAUUUAAUGUUUUAUUUGCGAAACUGUCGAGAGUCAGGCACGCUGAUCACAAAUUUGAAUGGACCAGGGAACAGUUUCAGUCAUGGGCUACGAAUAUAACAUCACGGUUCCCUUCUUACACAGUCCACUUUGAUGGUGUUGGUUUAGGCCCUGCUGGAUGUGAUGACAGCAUUGGUUGUUGCUCUCAAUUAGCUGUGUUCAUAAGAAAAGACGUUAUCUGUGAUACUUAUGAAGAAACAUGUGUUUGCACACAAACUUCGUGCAAAUUUAAUGUUUCAAACGAUUUUUGGGGCUGUAAUUGCGUAAAUUGUCUACCAAUGCGUUCAUAUGGUGUUUGUACAUAUAACUCUUACUCUCAAAAACGUUCUGAUUACAAAUUAAUUGCAUCAAUUAAUUAUCCUUACGAGAAGGACUUGCGGACUGAAGACGAGAAAGUCUUAGAUGAGCUUAAAUACAGAAUGCACCUUUUUGAAAACAUUGAUGGGGAGUUUUACAAUGAGGAAACUAGAUGUUUUCACAUACCGCUUCAUAGACUUGUGUAUCAAACGACCAAACCGUUUGCGUCAGAACCGGAAAUAAGAAACCUUUUGUUAAAAUUUAAUUACAAAAUUGAAGAAUGUUGGAAUUCAGUCAGUAAAAAACUUGAAACUUGUGUAAUUUAUGAGGCUGAUAUGGACAGUGGGGGCUCCGGUAGUGAUACCGAAGCGUCAGGCUACGGUUCAGACAAUAAAUACAACGUGGAUGAUGCCAAAUUUAACGAUUGGGACGAAAAUGAUUUAACGUGGACCAGCUCCACAAGUAAAGAGAAUGAUCCAGCAGUAAGUAGUAAAGGUGUCAAAACCCAGCUACACUUAGAAGUUAGCGAGAGUAAAAAUCCUCAAGCUUUAUUCGACUCCGGCUACCAAAAAUCUCCCUCUAUCCCUGACGAGUCCCCUCAAUCAAAAGACCAAGCAAUUGCUUUGGAUUUCAAAAGUUUGAACGAUAAACCGAACAAAUUAUCACAUUUAUUAUCUGUGUUUGAUAAUUUCGAUAAAAUAAACGAGUUAGAUGCGGUGCGCCGGGAAAAAAAGUACUUUAAUUUUUCAUCAAAUCUUCCUCACCGCGAAGUGAUGAAAAAAAUUUGUCAAGAAAUCGCUAAACAUCCUGUUGCUGGACCUUCACGCGAUUCUAAAAAAGGCAAACAACCCAAAAAAUCCCACUCGUCGGAUAGUGACGAGUCGGUUGAAGACGUCAAGUCGAUCACGACUUGUAUUUUGGAAAAUUCUUUAAAUAAAAUUGAGUGCCAAGAUGAGGAAAGACGGGGAAACUUGAUACAAGAGUUGAUACCGGAAGAGAAUCAGGAGGAAAUUCUCGUUUUACAAGAGGAAGUUCUUGAGCCUGUUCUGAUAGUAGAAAACGGGGAUUUGGCGAAUAAUAAUAGGGAUUUGGAAGGUAAUAAUUAUCCGGCUGAAGACGUGGAACAACAAAAUGAUGACAUAGUUGAUAAUCAAGAAUUGAUUAAUGUUAAUAACAACGAAGUUGUUGAUGAGAUCGAAGUAGAUGAGGCUGGUGCCGAGGAAGAAGAUGAGGAAAACAUCGAAAUUGAACCUCCGGUUGAUGUGGAGGUGGCUUGGUCGAGUCGAGAAGCCCUCUAUGAUGUGAAUUCGCAUGUUGACUUAUUGGAAGAUUUUGAAAUGGAGGCUUCAGAUGUGGUCGUCAAUGGUGUCUCGUUCCCUAACAGAUGCGUAAUUGUGGCUGAAAGUAACAAUGAUCCAGUUUUCCCUCCUGAGGAUAGCGGCUUUCCUAAUUGGUUGUUGCAGAUUUUUGAUGAGGCUGAAGUUCUGCCACCUGAAGAUGACCUCCACGAUGAGCCUCAUUUCUACUGUCAGGGUGAUGGGCUAGGGGUUCACCCAUCCACUGUUGCCAUAAAUGACGACGAUGCAGACGAUGAGGGUAACGAUUCUGGUUCAGAUUCAUCGUCAUCAAGCGGAUCUGUUGAUUUUGCAAACGCUGAUGAUCAUUCUGUUCACGAAAUGUUUGUGGCUAAUGAGUCUCGACAUGAUAAUAGUUUAGUACUAGUGGGGCAACCGAUGCCUAUUCAACAUCCAAACGAGACAAAUGAGACCUCAGAUCAAGAGGAUGUGUUUGAAAAUGCGGAAGGAUCGGAAUCUAAUUUAGUUGCUAGUUCUUGUACUCAAUAAACUUGAUACCAAGUGUAGUUAUCUUGAAUGUUAUGAUAAUUUUUGAGACUGAACGAUUUUGUAACGGGAAACCAAAGAAUAAAAUUUCUGUUUCUA